AUGACCCUAGCACAAGAAGAAGAAGUGCAGACCAGAUUGGACGAGUUACAGACACUGUUAGAAAAGAGAAAAGAAGACGUUGGAAGUCUGAAACCGAUCAGUGUGAGACCAGAUGUAAUUCGUGAACAGAUUGAAGAGCUGAAGGUAAUUUGGCAUAACUCAGUGUUCAAACAUGUGACACAAAAGGUUGCGUUUGUUUAUUGCGCAGCGGGAAUAUUAAAGCCGUUUUUGAUCGGCUGUCGUAAUACACAACCCAAGUGUAAUUUUCCUAUCUUUCAUUGUUCAGGUACUUCAAAGUGAGUUUGAUCCAGAGAAGGAAAUGGUGGAAGAAAUUAGACCGCUAGCGACUGCUGUGGUAAAUGCCAACCCAGAUUCCAAAACAUCAUUGCUCAUGAAAGACAAGAUGAAGAAAGUUUCCACGCUUGCAUCCGAUACGCAGACCAUGUAUGAUGACAGGCUCAAAUCUCUAGAACUGACCCUCGAUGCCGGGGACAAAUUUUGGACGGGCUUAGAUGAGAUAAAGCACAUCCUCAAGGACGUGCAGGAUCAUCAGGACUCCGAAGAACCCCCGGCCGCUGAGCUAAAGGUACUGGAGGAGCAGAUUCACGAUCAUCAGGUAGGAUUCUCUUACUUCCUACUGUUUUGAACUAUCUCACUUUUACCACCAACAUGUCUCUUUUCGUGAGACGUCAAAUAACACAGUCACACCAAACCAUCAACCAUGUCAAGUCAGUGACGUCUCAGUUUGUGUUCUCCGUGGUUUCUCCGACUGUAAUCUUUGUACGGUAUGGGGAACUCUUUUCUUUGAAGUCUUACCCAUGAUCUGCAUAGCAUAUUUGGACCUACCGGUAAUAAACUUCUUGCGACAUCCCCUCUAAAUAUCUCUGGUUGUUUCGUCUUUUUUAUUUAGGAGCUUCGAACAGAGCUGGACGCACACAGUGAAGCAGUGAAUGUGUUGUGUGAGACCAGUCCUGUUCUUGUAGCGCACUGUAGUCCAGGCGACAAGAUGCUAGUACAAACAGAACUCUCCAAGGUCACCAAACAGUGGGCAGACAUCGAGAAGACCUGGAACAAGAGAGAAGCUGACAUGGCGGAAGUCAAGGAAACAGCUACUCAGUAUCACAAUACCCAUGACCCCUUGCUGGCUAAGUUGACUAACCUAGAACAAAGGCUGGCCGAGCAGCCGCCGGUGGGAACUGAGUUGGAUAUCGUCAAAGAACAACUUAAAGAGCAAAAGGUAACUUCUUUGUGCUAAAUUAACGAACGUCCUCUAAUGAUAUGUUUCUAUCAUCAUCACAAUUUAGCCUAGAGCAAUUGAAAUUUGCCAAUUUCUAGUCAAGUUUAUGUAGAAGCUUUUCACAAAUGCAAAAUUAAUGCCGAGGAUUUUUUGGUUCUGUUGUAAAAGUUAAACUACCGUAUUCGUGGCCUCUAAAACUAAAAAGCUUUCUUCUGUUAUAGGACUUCCAUAAGGAACUUACACCACUCCAAAGCGAUGUGACAGCUGUAAACCAAAAGGGUACAAUUCUUAGUGAGCAGUGUCGUCCGGAGGACGUAGAUCUAAUAGCGGCACAGCUGGAGGAUUUGAACACUCGAUGGGAUGACUUGUGUCUUCACUCCGGUGAGAGGCAGCAGACAAUUGAAGGUGCUCUGUUACAGCUAGGACAGUUCCAACUGGCCUUAGAGGAGCUUCUGGUUUGGGUCAAACAGACCAAUGCUACUUUGGAUGAGCAGCUGGCCAGGGAUGUUCAGGGAGACGUUAAGUUUAUUGAGGUGGAAAAAGCCAAACACAAGGUGUGAAUCUUUACUUUUGAGCAAGUGACGAAUAUCAAUCGUCAAAUGCUGCUGUUGUUGUUGUUUGUUUGUUUUUUAGAGUAGAAAGAGUAAUUGUGACACAUGCACGAGGCGGCCCCAUGUCCUCAGUGAUGGGAAGCAAGCUAUCUCGCCUAUGAGCCCUCUCGGUUCUGGCUUUUCUCACCUUAACUGCUUAUAGUUAUUAGGACACUCAGAGAGAUAUUUACUUCCGCGAUUUUCGUCUUCAGAUUCUCUACAAUGACAUCUUGGCCCACGAACCAUCUGUGGAAUCCGUGACGCGCGCGGCUUCUUCCCUGCUGACGGAAAAUGGAGACAGCAAGUUGGAUAGUGGUUUCCUGCAGAUGAAGAUGACGGAACUACAGGACGGCUGGCAGGAGGUGUUAGACAAAGCAGCCCGCUUAGACGCCCACCUCGCAGCUGCCCUAAGCGCGUCUCAUGACGUCAUGGACCAGAUGAAGGAACUGAGAACUUGGCUGAAUGAGGGACGUGACUUCCUUGACUCCAGGAGACAAAUUGGCGGGCGCCCUGAGAGUGCUCGUAACCAACUGACCAAGCAUAAGGUUUGUUUUGGGAAAUAAAUGCCUUAAAUUCUUACUUACGGGUUUGAACGAUAGUUUGAUUCAUUGCAGGGGUUUGAAAACAUAAUAUGAAUAUGUUUAAAAAUCCUUGAUAAUCUACUUUGUUGGAGUAGAGAAAACAUCACUCGCGCAAGAAUAAACCAGUUGCUACUGAACUAAAAAUUUUAAGAUGUACUGCAAUAGAUAAACAAACCGGGAACGAUUUGCACUCGAACCACGCAGGCAAUAUUUUUUAUUGACGAUGUCAAUGAUCCCUUUACUUCUACAGGACUUCCUAGACGUACUUGAAAAACGUAAGGAAACAUACCAACGAAUCACUGAAGCCGUCCAAGCCAUGAUAAAGAACAGCGAUCCUACCACAGCAGCCUCCCUUCAAAGGCAGUCGGAUGAAUUGACAGAAGCCUGGGAACAAGUGAGCACAAAGGCUGACGAGGAAGGCCGUAAGUUGGAUGACGCGCUCAAGAAUGCAGUGGAAUUAGAGAAACAAAUCACAGAUAUGGACUCUUGGCUCACGCAGGUUCAUGGUCAAAUAGUGUCCUUUGAUAAUGUCAGCUGCAUUUUAGACAAUUUGGAAAAGCAACGACAGGAAUACAAGGUAUGAAAGGGAAAUGGAAUGGUGACACAUUACUUGAGUGAUAUUUGUAAUCCUAUAACUCCCAAGAUCAGAUGGUAAAUUCUCCCCUCUAGCUGUUAUACAUUUCCUUGUAAAUUAAUUACAAGAAUUUUGUAUGACUUCUACUUGAUUAGUUUUAGUAUAUUACCUUUUUGCUGGAUAAUGUAUGGAUAUUAUAGAGAGGUUACAUGUUUAUCACUUGUGGGAGCUAAAGGGUUAAGAGAUGAUUAAACGCGCUAGCUGAAGUAUCAUGACAUCCUAAUGGAGCUGCAGCCUUCAAAUGAAACUCUUCCUUUUUUUUAAGCUUUUGUUUAUUUCUUUGCCUAGAAAAAGUUUUUAAGUAGUUUACUGCAGUUGAUAGAAACGGUCUUCGAAAAAGAUUUCUUCCUUUUUAUUUGCUCUUUUUUUCCUACGAAGGUCGUUCAAAAGUUUUACUAAAUUCAAGAAUAAUGUUUGAAAAAAAUUCCCAACAAUCGUCCUCCUAAAUUUGAAAAAGUUACCUCUUUCUGAUGGAAAAACUAAAUAUUGAGUUUGAGAAUUUGGGUCAAGGGUCAAAGAGUUAAAUGGUCCUUCUUCCCUUAAAGGAUCUCAAAGAGGACAUUGACGCACACCGUGACCCGUUCAAACAACUCAAGGUACUGGCAUUCAAGAUCACAGAUGUGUGUCUCCAGGAGGACGUGACUUACAUCGAUGAUACGAUCCGUGACCUGGACGCUCGCUGGAAAGAGCUGACAGGUCUAUCUUCGGGUAGAAAGAAAGAUCUCGAUGAAAAUUACAAGCUGUCGCACAAGUUCUUCAAAGGUGCUGAAGAACUAUUGAACAUGCUGGACGAAGCUGAGCGGAGCCUUAAAGAUGAGGAACCUAUUGGGGUGGACCCCGCUCACCUGAGGUCCCAACUUAAAAAACACAAGGUUUGUGAAUGUCUUUUUUUUUCACUUUUUUGUCUCCUUUGUGCUAAAAGAGCAGCAUUACCUUAUUUUGGGUCAUUUUUCACGUCGUAGAGAGUUUCGUUCAACAGAAUAAAACGUCGAAAUAGUUAUUUGUUAACCUUGUACACCCUGACAUCAGUAUGCAUAUUCUCCAUACUGUUCUCUAAUCAUUUCCUGUGGACCUUACAAGGAGAAUGUGUACAACAAUCAAGACUUUCUUUAGUUCGCGAUCAUCUCCUUUAUUCACAUGAGCUUAAGGUGUGAUUCAGGGGUGAGAAGUGUCGGCAGACGUCGGACGCUUAUCACUUCUAGGGAUUUAGGGGUGAAGGUGGUAAAAAAAAGCUGAAAGGGAACAAGAAUAUAAAUCGAUAAAACGACAACUUGCACGGGUCGCAGAUGAUAGAGAAUGAAGCAGCUUUUUGACAAUGUUGUUACUUAUCUCUCAGGAGUUCCAAUCCAUGCUCGGUGCCAACCAAACAUCAAUGGAUGGAAUCAUUAAGACGGGUAAAGUGUUGAUGGAGAAGAGUCCUGGAGAUGACGCCAUUAUUAUCGAAGGAAAGAUAGCUGACCUCAAGGCACGAUGGGACGCCAUCUGCGCGCUAUCAGUGGAAAGGUUAGUUACAUAUAACACUUAGUAUCAUGGAGGUCUAAGGCUUAAUAAUAAAACAAUUAGCUCAACAGUUUCUUUUUAUAUGAUGACUUAUGUUUGCUUCACUCCCUUUUCAGACAACAAAAACUAGAGGAGGCUCUCCUCUUCACUGGUAUGUUCCAGGAUGCUCUGCAGUCGCUGCUUGACUGGCUCAGUGCAGUGGAGCCUAGUCUUUCCACUGAAACUGCCGUCAUGGGUGACCCUGAAACUGUACAGAUCUUAAUUGACAAUCACAAGGUUAGGGAUGCAACAUGGAUUUCGAGCAUACUUGAACCGAAUCAGAAUCGUUUAAGAAAAUUUACUAAGCAUAGGACAUUCACUCGCGGUUUUUAGCAUGACAGAUUUGUACACAAAGAACGCAUGCUACUGACCGAGACAAAAACGCUGCACCGGUAUCGCAGAGGUCAUGGGUUCAAAUCCCGUACGAGCCUGAAAAUUUUUUUCAGGUCUUAUUUCAACUACCAGUUCAGUAGUUUUCUUAGCUGCGAGGAUCUCUUAUAUUCACAUUCUAACAGUGUACUUGUUCCAAUCUUGCAGACCUUCCAACGCGAGCUCGGACGCCGCCAAGCAAAUUACGACUCGGUAAUGAAUGCAGGUAGAACAAUGAUCAAUGAGAACAAAGUGGAGGACCCGCACAAACUGGAAGAGAGGCUCGAUGACUUGCGCAUGCGCUGGGAAGCCAUCAGCGCCUUAUCUAACACUAAACAAGAUAGGUAACGCUUUUUAAGUCGACUAAAAAAGAAGCAAGGGGUAAGUUUCUAAAGAAACUGUGGUGCUGCGUCGGUGGGAGAGUAUAGCAGGUAAUUUAGUGUUAACAACUGGGUUGAAAACGUAAAUUAGCCACCGUAAAGGGUAAAUUUGAAGAUUGAAUUUAAGUUUGUUGAUAUCGUGGCGACAUUUUUUGAGGAAAAAAUCUAAAGAUGAGAACUGGCCCUCUGGGGGAGUCCAUUUAGACUGGAGUGUUUCGAAAGUAUCUUUGUUCGAGGUGUUAGAAUCAUCCUCUUUGUCAUGAAAAAAGGCUUUCAACUGAACGCGGCGAAGGAAUUUUUCAAUGUCUUGCUUAACUGAAAAUUCGUCGGUUUUUUGUGAUAUGGGAAAUUUUUGUUCAACAAACUUAAAUUCAAUCGUAACACCAAAUUUUCCAAUCUUUCUUCGGAAGAGUGGUCGGCACUAAAAAAUCUAAAAAAACGCAAAGACAUUGUCAUUAAGGCGGCCGACAAAGGCGGCGCAGUUGUUGUUUGGCGGGCCGACCUCUAUCAAAAAGAAGCUUUGCGGCAACUUUCUGACACCUCCUUUUAUGCCAAAGUCGACAAAGACCUCACUGUAAUUAACCAAAACAUUGUCAAAAAUACGAUUAACGAUCUUAUAGCUAAACAAGAAUUGCCGGCCACUGCUAAAAAUCUCAUCAUUACUACUCCUAGAACUUCAUGUAUUUACUUUUUACCUAAAAUCCACAAACCUAACAACCCAGGUCGACCCAUCGUUUCUGCCUGCAGUUGUCCCACUGAACUUAUUUCCAGCUAUUUAGACAAAAUUAUGGCACCUAUCGUCAAAACUCUACCGUCUUACAUUAAGGACAGCCAACACGCACUUGAAAUUUUUCGUGACUUUAGUUUCCUCGACCAAAACAAACUUAUUUUCACCAUGGAUAUAACAUCUCUUUACACUGUCAUUCCCAAUGACGAAGGUCUCCGGGCCCUCAAACAUUUUUUUGAUCUACGCACUGUUAAAGAACCUAGCUCUGAAACACUGCUCCGUCUGGCCGAACUAGUACUCACACUCAAUUGUUUUUCAUUCGGUGGUAACUACUACAAACAAACUAAUGGCGUGGCCAUGGGUACUAAAAUGGGACCCAGCUACGCCAAUCUUUUUGUAGGUUUUAUCGAACACCAAUUUUUUAGCCAAUACCACGGCCCAAAACCUCAACUCUACGGCCGCUACAUUGACGAUUGCAUCGGCGCUACCUCCUCUACCAAGGAGGAGCUCACUCAAUUUAUAACCGCCAUCAAUUCCUUUCAUCCGGCUCUUAAAUAUACCUGGCAAAUUUCCGACACUUCUUUAGCUUUUCUAGACAUCAAAAUUUCAAUUGAAGGCAACGGCUUAUGUACUAGUGUUUACUACAAACCUACAGAUUCACAUAGUUACUUGUUGUAUUCAUCCUCACAUCCAUCACACGUCAAGAACUCCAUACCUUUUUCACAGUUUCUCAGACUUCGCCGUUUAUGUAGUGACGACUCUGAUUUUUCCGAAAAAUCAGAGGCAAUGUGCCAGUUUUUUUUCGAUAAACGCGGCUAUCCUGUUUCUGUCGUUCAAGCGGGCUACCACCGUGCCCAACUAAUCGAUCGACAGGCAGCACUACAAACGGCCGAGAAGGAGAACACUGACCGCAUUCCAUUUACUCUUACAUUUCACCCUCACAACCACGCAGUUAAAUCUAUCAUUCUUAAAAAUUUUAAAUUACUCCAAAACGAUUCAGAGACUGGCACUAUCUUUUCGCAACCCCCACUUAUUUCAUUCAAACGCGACAAAAACAUAGGCAACUUUUUAGUCAGGAGUUCAUUUCAAACCUGUGACCAAUCUGGAACUUUUAAAUGCGCUCGCUCACGAUGCAAAACUUGUCCUUUCAUUUAUAACGUAGAGAAAAUAUCGGGACCCAAAAGAUCCAUUAAGAUCAUUGAUCACUUUACGUGUACCUCCGCCAAUGUUAUUUACUGCAUAACUUGCACUUAUUGCAAUAAGUUAUACAUCGGCGAAACAGGAAGACGACUGGGUGACCGAUUCCGAGAACACCUUCGCGAUGUGGAAAGAAAUGACAAGGACGCAUCCAAACCAGUCGCUAGACACUUUAAUCUUCCUUAUCAUUCUAAACAGCAUAUGGCAGUUUGCGGCCUUUCCUUACAUCUAGGCAGUUCGGAAAGCCGUAAAACACUAGAACAAAAAUUUAUAUUCCAAAUCGGCACCCUCAAUCCCCACGGAAUCAACGAGCGCUUUUCAUUCAACUAAUUUAUUCCUGUUUUCUCGUCACCACAUUCCCACCAAUGGCGUAGCUCCACUUCCUACAUAUAAAUCCACACACAACCCACAAUUCCUCUAAUCGCUCUGACGAAGGGCUAACGCUCGAAACGUCAGCUUUUUUACCCUUUACGGUGGCUAAUUUACGUUUUCAACCCAGUUGUUAACACUAAAUUACCUGCUAAAAAAGAAGCAUAUUUUGACAUUUUACCUUUCUGGCAAAAUUGCAUACUGUUCACACUACCCACUCACAGAUAACUAAUUUCUUCAUUUAAUUCAUCUGGUAGACUCGACAAUGCGCUCGUUUUGGCGAAGGAGUUCGACACUGCCGUCAAGACAGAGUUACGCAUACUGAAAGACUUCGAAGAUACGCUUAGGGGACUGGGUCCAAUUGCCGACUUAGAGACUAUUGCUGAUCAACUGAGUGAACACAAGGUACGUGCGAAGUAAUACGACACCGCUGGCUAACUUUCAAUUUAUGAGAAGUGGCCCUUCUUUUUACGAGUCAUGACGAUUUCCGAAUUUCAAAGGUUUUCUAACAUUUGCCUUAGCUCCUUGUGCGAUCGCGAAGUUUGCCUUUAUUUGUACAAAGAUUUAGUGUAGGUCCGUUAAGCUUGCCACAUUAACAAUUCAUUGGAUUCGUGUCCAUGGUAGGUUUUCCACGAAGAUCUAAUGGCAGAGGAAGUGAACGUUCAAUCAGCCAUUAAGAAGGGCCAAGUGAUUGCACGAUUCUGUCAUCCAAGCGCACUGCCAAUCAUUCAGCAAUGGAUUGCAAGAUUAAAGAAACGAUGGGAUGAGGUGACUUAGUGAAUCUGUACAUUUGAAUACGAGCUGUAAAACAGAGCUAUUCGCUAUGAAACGUUCGUCGGUAAUAUUGUCUGUGAGUGUGGACACGUUAGAGCUUCCUCCUUUAAAACUUUUUCCUUGUCUAAAGUGGCAAAGAAUUAAGGUGGAGCAGAAUUUUCCUGAAAUCUUCGUGACAAGUGUCCUUUUCAAGUUAAGUCAUCUACACCAGCAAAUUUUUUCCUUGAAAAGUUUUUCCUUCACAAUUCUCCUUUUCCAAAAACUGGCAAGUCAGGUUCUCAACAAGGUGACUUGCCAAAGGAAAUUUCGUCAUAUUGUUUAACCUUCACUGCUAAGGGAAAUUUUUUCUAAAGAACAUUUGUUAAAGAAACCUGCUGGUGUAAUUUGACUGUAACUGGAUAGUUAACAAACAGUUGGCUGUCUCUUUUCCAGGUUCGCAAAUGGUCAGUUCAAAGAUUGACUCGCCUGGAGGAAGAACAAUCUAAGCUGACAGAGGAGCAAAGCAUGAUGGAGGAACUGCUGCAGUGGAUUGGAGAGAAAGAAGAAAUCCUGAUCUAA